AUGGACCAGUCUGGGACACUGGUCUUCCUCCUCUUCUUGCCCCUCUUAUGGAUCGUUUGGCUUGCGAUGAUUAUAAGCAAGCCUGCCAUCAUAUUUCACAUAUCCCAAACAUUCUUCAACUUUCUUGCGAUGGCUUGCUUUGCGAGCGUAGCCAGUUUUCAGGCAAAGUGGGGAAUAGGGCCUUCGGGUCUCUCGGGCUUCGCGAUCUUCGUGAGCAUCUCAGGAAUCUUCCUAGCCCUCUUCCUCCUCUUCGUACCUGUCGUCUACGAAAAAUACGACAAACUCACGCGCCUCGCCCGCGCCCUCAAAGAAGUACGCGUCGGAUUCAUCCUCGUUGGCAGCGGCUGCAUCUUCAGCCUCCUCAUCGCAUUUGUCACCACAAUCUCAGCGUGGACAGAGGCUGGGUGCAAAAACGCGGAUAAUGACCCUCAUGCAAGCCUGGGUGAUACCUUUAAGAGCGAUCUUCCUGGCUGGUGCAGUACGAAGAAGGCUGGCGCUAUAUUCUUUUGGUUGGCGUUUGGCUUCUGGCUCGCCUCCCUUAUCUUGCUUAUCAUCGACUGGCGCUCCGGAAACCUCACAACACCACCACGCGAUACCCCAUUCACGCGUCCCGACGCAGACAUCGAAGAGGGCGAGGAAGUAGAAGACAUAGAAGUAGAAGGCGGACACUCAUACCAACCCGUCGCCACCAAUACCGUACCCACGUACCCCCGCCAAUCAGCAUACGAUAACUCCAACGCCGCAGCCUCCCCAUUCGCCGAUUCCAACCGGCUUUCAGCAGCCACAGCCAACACCAGCACAACCUACCUCCCCAGCACAAAUCGUUACUCAACGGCAGACUCAAGCGCUAAUCGCACAUCUGCAUAUUCAACUGCGCCCACCACUACCACCGCUCCUACGACGAGCACCAAUACGAGCAGUUACCCUGCUUCGAGACCUAGCAUGGACGCGUAUGGCGCGUUCUCUGACCCUGCCCCGAGUGGGUUUGGUGGCGUAUCGGCGUCAUAUGCGCCAACUGCAUCGGAGCCUGGGGCACCGAAGGUGAGUAGGACGAUGCAGUAUGCGGAUCCGUAUGCUGCUGUUCGGGCGUCGCUGGCGACGAGCACGGGUCCUGCGGGUCCGACGAAUUAUGAGCCUACGUAUACUGGGUACCGAUAG